UGUUGUCCUCGGAAACGUCGCGGACGCGGAGGGAUGGUUUGGGGCUUUAGGCGACUGUUCCACACCUAUAUGUGGGUCCCCUUCACCCAGAAUCUCAGAAACUGCGCGCGGGAUGAACAUUCGGGUGUUUCCGGCAGGUGAUGCUGCCGAGUCCCCGCAGCAGGGGGCGAGCAAGGGACUCGCGGCUGGCGGGACACGGAGCCACUUAGGCCCAGAGUGUCCCGAGUAGCGGCAAGUGGGGAGUGCUCAGGGUGCGCUACUGAUCUGUGUCUUGUAAGGAGCAUAUUGCUGGGUUUACAUCCGUUUAUCCCAUUUGACUGUUAUUUUAAUAGGUCCUGGCCCCACAAGGAUAAAACACAUCUGCAGUGCAAAUAGAAGUCUGAGGAACAGGUGUCUAUCAUGGAAGGAGACCUGACCUGAGACCUGCCUUAGAGGCUGGAGAGUCCUGAAAGAGAGUGGACCCUGGAGUUGCUGGAGCCUGUCUUGACCCUUCUGCCCAGAGCAGGCAAAGUCUGAAUGACAUCUCAACCUUCAGUGAUCAGCAAUAGCUGUGUAACAAUGGAGCAUUUGAGCCACAUGAUGGAAAGGAAAGCUUGGUAUUCUCAGGAGCCUGCCCUUUCCAAGGAAGAAGAGGAUACAACCAGGCCUCUUGAAACAGUGACAUUUAAGGAUGUGGCUGUUGACCUUACCCAGGAGGAGUGGGAGCAGAUGAAACCUGCUCAAAGGAACUUAUAUCGGGAUGUGAUGCUGGAGAACUACAGCAACCUAGUUACAGUGGGCUGUCAAGUCACCAAACCGGAUGUGAUAUUCAAGUUGGAGCAAGAAGAGGAGCCCUGGGUGAUGGAGGAAGAAAUGUUUGGGAGGCACUGUCCAGAAGUUUGGGAAGUUGAUGAACAGAUCAAGAAGCAACAGGAAACACUUGUGAGGAAAGUCACAUCCAUCUCCAAGAAAAUUCUGAUAAAGGAAAAAGUCGUUGAAUGUAAAAAAGUUGCGAAAAUAUUUCCUCUGAGUUCAGACAUUGUUACUUCAAGACAAAGCUUCUAUGACCAUGACUUACUUGAUAAGGGUUUGGAGCAUAAUUUAGACUUACUUAGAUUUGAGAAAGGCUGUAUAAGAGAGAAACAGAAUGGAUGUAAUGAGUUUGGGAAACUAUUUUACCAUUGUGCAUCCUAUGUUGUAACCCCCUUUAAGUGUAAUCAGUGUGGACAAGACUUCAGUCAUAAAUUUGACCUCAUUAGACAUGAGCGAAUUCAUGCUGGAGAGAAACCUUACGAAUGUAAAGAAUGUGGAAAAGCCUUCAGUAGGAAGGAAAAUCUUAUUACGCAUCAGAAAAUUCAUACUGGGGAAAAACCGUAUAAGUGUAAUGAAUGUGGAAAAGCUUUCAUUCAGAUGUCAAACCUUAUUAGACACCAGAGAAUUCAUACUGGGGAGAAACCUUAUGCAUGUAAGAAUUGUUGGAAAGCCUUCAGUCAGAAAUCAAAUCUCAUUGAACAUGAGCGAAUUCACACUGGAGAGAAACCCUAUGAAUGUAAGGAAUGUGGGAAAUCCUUCAGCCAGAAGCAAAAUCUUAUUGAGCAUGAGAAAAUUCAUACUGGGGAGAAACCUUAUGCAUGUAAUGAAUGUGGUAGAGCUUUUUCUCGAAUGUCAUCUGUUACGCUACAUAUGAGAAGUCACACGGGGGAGAAACCCUAUAAAUGUAAUAAAUGUGGAAAAGCUUUCUCUCAAUGCUCAGUAUUUAUUAUACAUAUGAGAAGUCACACUGGUGAGAAACCCUAUGUAUGUAGCGAAUGUGGGAAAGCCUUCUCUCAAAGUUCAUCCCUUACCGUACAUAUGCGAAAUCAUACAGCUGAGAAACCCUAUGAAUGUAAGGAAUGUGGAAAAGCCUUCAGCAGGAAAGAAAAUCUCAUUACACAUCAGAAAAUUCACACUGGAGAGAAACCUUAUGAAUGCAGUGAAUGUGGGAAAGCCUUUAUUCAGAUGUCAAACCUCAUUCGACACCAGAGAAUUCAUACGGGUGAGAAACCCUAUGCAUGUACAGUGUGUGGAAAAGCCUUUAGUCAGAAAUCAAACCUCACUGAACAUGAGAAAAUUCAUACUGGAGAGAAACCUUAUCAUUGUAAUCAAUGUGGGAAAGCUUUCAGUCAGAGACAAAAUCUUCUUGAGCAUGAAAAAAUUCAUACGGGAGAGAAACCAUUCAAAUGUAAUGAAUGUGGUAAAGCCUUCUCUCGAAUCUCAUCCCUCACUCUUCAUGUGAGAAGUCACACAGGGGAGAAACCCUAUGAAUGUAAUAAAUGUGGGAAAGCCUUUUCUCAGUGCUCAUUACUUAUUAUACAUAUGAGAAGUCAUACUGGUGAGAAACCCUUUGAAUGUAAUGAAUGUGGGAAAGCAUUCUCUCAAAGAGCAUCCCUUUCUAUACAUAAGAGAGUUCACACUGGGGAGAGACCCCAUAAGUGUAAGGAAUGUGGGAAGGCUUUUAUUCGAAGGUCAGAACUCACUCAUCAUGAGAGAAGUCACACUGGUGAGAAACCCUAUGAGUGUAAGGAGUGUAGGAAGGCCUUUGGUCGUGGUUCAGAACUUAGUCGACACCAGAAAAUUCAUUCUGGUGAGAAACCGUAUGAAUGUCAGCAGUGUGGAAAGGCCUUUAUUCGGGCCUCACACCUUAGUCAACAUCAAAGAAUUCAUUCAGGAACCAGGAGUGAAUGAAGAAAUGAGGGAUGACUCAGAAUUUGAUAACAUGAGAAAAUUCAUACUGAUUUGGAAAAAAAAAUCCAUAAUUCUAAGUGUGAGACACCUUAUAAAUGUUAGGAAUUA